AUGAGUGAGACGGCCACCCUGGAAGAUCUCAUUCGAAGGAUUGGCGAGAAGCAGCGAGAGCGCAUCUUGAAGGGUGCUCAAGCGGAAGCGGAGCGGCUUCAAAAGAUCGUAGAUCGGCACGUCAAGGACCGCGUCGCCUCGGCUGGUGGGUCCUGA